UCCCAGCAUGAAGUUAUAAAAGCCGCUUCUCCCUCCCCCUCAAGGGAGUCGCUAGUCGUUCGUCAGAGGAGACACAGCGACGAAGCCGGAUAUUGUUUUUCUCCACCGCCGGACUUUACUUUACUACACCAACCGUAGAAUUUUGUGCUACACCGCAGAACCACUUUUGGGACGAUAUUACAGAGGAAUAUCCCACUGAUAUUUUCCAACAGGUAUAGGAAACUGCAUUUCUUUUAAAUAAGUUUAAGCCUUCAAGCCUGUAGGAAAUCUAAUGUUGAUUGAUGAAAGGCAGUGUGAGCUCGAAACGUGUAGUAAUACUCGUAUCAACUGAAUAAAGAUGAGAAAACUCCAAGCGUUUAAAUAGUAGCACAAAUUUUGUGUUUCAGCGCCCAAAAAAAGAAGUUUAAUUUUACGUUAAAAAUAUCGGCAAAAAUGGAAAUUUUUUACAACUGGAAUUACAGACGGCACCACUGGGAUUAUUCAAAUUUGAAAAAUGUUCCGUUACAUCCCAAUCGUUAAAAGAGCGACAAGAAAGAAGACGAGAUAUAUUUUGUGUUAUUAAUUUAUUUUUGGAGUGGGCAAUUGUUCCGAGGAAAAAUAGAAGAAAAGUUCUCAGCCAUUCAAAGAUUAUUUUAAUGACUUCCGCAUAUUUCAGUAUAAAGUUAUUAACCUGCAAUAUGAAAAGAAUUGAAGACCUAUAAAUACCAACUGUCGUCCGUCAAUUCUUUCUUAUUAUCCAGAACGGAGUUAGAUGAAAGACGAGACCAGAUAUGGAAUCUAUAGAGGCAGGAGGAUGCCUCUAAGGAUUACCUGUACAUAAAAUUCCGCUGCAAAGCGGAAGUCACGCUAUUUCGAUUGAAAAGUUUUCUUCCGAAAGCAGUUAUAGAUGAUCUGCACGACUCUAUUGUUAAAAGAAAAGAAUCACGUACGGGGGCAAGACUCUGCUAAUUGCAGAUUAGACUCAUCAGGAAAGAAGUUAAAAUGUUUCAGAAAGAAUCGUGUGUAUUUGUAUUUCUGCCGUCGUCUUCGCUUUCGUCAGAAAUGAAAAGAGAACAGGAAACGACAAUAAUUAGCUUUAACACCCAACAUUUCGCUCGUUACUACUGACGUCGAGGAUAGGUUUAUUUUACACUCUGUUGAUACCUCUCAAUUUUUUUGCGUACGUGAAGACAGAGUGAUGAUUCUGUUGUUCUUUUUUCGGUACGACAAAGUGAAAGGAAUCGUAUGAAUUCUCAUGCAGAAAUAGUGCUGAUCUGAAGGAAAUCUCGUUGACGAUUACAUUAGAAAGAAAAAAAAAGGAAGAAGAUUUCCUAAGAAGAUGAAGACGAUUUCUCAGGUAACAUUUCUUGAUAUAUCGAAUGGCCCUAGAGUUUGGUUUGUGGAAUGUGCUAACAAGUAUUGGAAGUGCUUUACGUUUUUCUGUUGAAUGAAGUUUCUAGACUUAUUGUAAACAAACGUAAGUAUAUCUUUCAUUUUUUCUUACGCAUUGUUAAAACCACAAUAAUUAGAAAAAGGUUAGAAAUAGUUGUUUUUAAAAUUUCAAAUUCUUCAAUCAAAGCUGUGAAAUAUGAAAAUAAAAGGAAAGAAUCUUCGUAAAAUACAGUAUUAUCUGAUCUACUUCUUUCUAAACAUAGCUGAUAAAUCUAUUUUAAAUAUCCUAUUAAUAAUUAAUUAAUGCAUUUUACAUGUAUACGUAUUCCUAUUUUAAAAAGAAUUAACUUAAAAUGGUUUGUUUUUCAGAUCUUGAACCCAGCUUUAAUUUUGCGGCGUUACGUGUCUAUGAAAGAAUUUCUAAAAUUAUUUAAUUUGUUUUAUAAAAUAAUGUAUGACAUCAUUAUCGUAUCUGAUUUCAUUCAAAAGUUUAUUUUCAGAUUCACUAUCAACUAAUAAAGAGAAGAGAACAAAUGGAGAAUUGUCUCCAGGAAAAAGGAUGAGUCCAGGAAUGCGUUUAACUUCUGUUUACAAAAGACUAAAUUGAAGACAGUGAUAAGAAAUUAUACAAGAAUAUGAAAAAAAGGAAAAACAUGUAUCAAGCAAUUGAAGAGAAAAUGAAAUGAAGAUAUUUUAAAUAAUUUUCAAAUAUGUUAUAUUUUAAAAUACACUUUAUAUAAAUUGUUUUGAGAUAAAUGUAUAAAUUACAUUGAUUUGUGAUAGUAUGUUUAUACUGCUUGGAGAUAUUCGCAAAUACUGGUGUAAGCAGUUUGUAUGAUGUAUUGUUUGAUGUUGUGUGGUCCAGUUAGUUUAAAGAAACUUGUUAGAAAAAAGAAUUUUCCUUUUAUCUGCACACACACUUUAACAAUCUUUUAAAAUCAGCAAUUAAAUUUAGAUAUUUACAUAUUCGACUAGCGAUAAAUUGAAAGUUUUGGUUUUAAUGCUCUUAUCAUAUUUUAUAGGUUUAAACUAUCAGAAGUCAAGAAAUGGGAAGUAUCAAUGUGGCAGUUGCGAGAAAGAAUUCCUUUCGAAGAAAGGAUUAAAAUAUCAUCGAAGGAUUCACACUGGAGAGAAACUCUUUGUCUGUAAUCAUUGCAAACAACGUUUUACACAAAAAGGAAAUCUGACUGUACAUCUCCGAACUCACACGGGAGAGAAGCCAUUCUCUUGCGACUUUUGCAAUCGAAGUUUUUCGCAAAAACAUCAUCUGACAGAACAUUUUCGUCUUCACAGCGGAGAGAAACCAUUCUCGUGCAAUCAUUGCUCACAAAAAUUUCAUUUAAAAUUUGCUUUGAAGUAUCAUAUUAUUAAACAUCAUAAUAUUAAAGAAAGUGACGAUUCUAUUGUACUUUCUUCCCUACGACGAAGUGAACGGAAGUUCGUGGAAUUCUCGUGCAGAAAUGGGUCAGUUCUUUUUAUCAUUCCUUUGAUCGUCGUCACUUAUUUCUACAUUCAAGAAAGUAAAGUAAUCUUUUAUAGUGCUGAUCUGAAGAAAAUCUCGUUGACGAUUACGUUAGAAAAAAAAAUUUCCCAAGUAGCUGAAGACGAUUUCUCAGGUUUAAACAAUCAGAAGUCAAGAAAUGGGAAGUAUCGAUGUGGCAGUUGCGAGAAAGAAUUCGUUUCGGAAAAGGGGUUAAAAUGUCAUCGAAGAAUUCAUACUGGAGAAGGGCUCUUGUCUUGCAAAUACUGCAAUCGUCAGUUCACCCAAACGUGUCAUCUAGUUGACCACGUCAAGACUCACACCAGAGACAAACUCUUUGUUUGUGAUCAUUGCAAACAACGCUUUACACAAAAAUCAAAUCUGAUUGCACAUCUCCGAACUCACACAGGGGAGAAGCCAUUCUCGUGUAAUCAUUGCUCACAAAAAUUUCGUUUUAAAUCUUCUUUAAUAUUUACAUAUUCGACUAGCGAUAAAUUGAAAGUUUUGGUUUUAAUGCUCUUAUCAUAUUUUAUAGGUUUAAACUAUCAGAAGUCAAGAAAUGGGAAGUAUCAAUGUGGCAGUUGCGAGAAAGAAUUCCUUUCGAAGAAAGGAUUAAAAUAUCAUCGAAGGAUUCACACUGGAGAGAAACUCUUUGUCUGUAAUCAUUGCAAACAACGUUUUACACAAAAAGGAAAUCUGACUGUACAUCUCCGAACUCACACGGGAGAGAAGCCAUUCUCUUGCGACUUUUGCAAUCGAAGUUUUUCGCAAAAACAUCAUCUGACAGAACAUUUUCGUCUUCACAGCGGAGAGAAACCAUUCUCGUGCAAUCAUUGCUCACAAAAAUUUCAUUUAAAAUUUGCUUUGAAGUAUCAUAUUAUUAAACAUCAUAAUAUUAAAGAAUAAUGAAUUUUAUGGAAAUGAUUUUAGUACAUUUCUUCGAAAAAUAUGUAAUACUCGUAUUUUAGAUCUUAUUGAACAUGAAACACAAAAUUUAUAAAACGUUUACAAUCGUUCUAUAAUCGAACCAAUAUGUAAUAACAAAUUCGAAUUUAAAAUGGUUCGAACAUUUUUAAAAUCGAAAUAGAUAAAAAUAUUUAUAACAAUGUCUGAAAUGUUAUUAAUUUAAUACACUUAAGUACUCAAUGAAGACUAUAUCCUCCCCCUCUUCCCACGCGGGGAAAUUUUGAAAAAUCCCUUCUUAGUGUCCAUUUCCAUGACGUAUUCUAACUGUCUACCAAAUUUCACCUUUUUAGGUUAAGCGGUUU